AAUAUGAGCGGAUCUAACGUCAGGUCCAGCUGCCUGUGAUUGGCUAUUCUCCCGCACAUCUCAGCCAUCGUUGCGAGUAGCAACUCCUUAAGUGAACCGCAAACAAGCAGAGCUGAGCAGUUCAAUGAGGGAAUGAUCAAGACGUCAAGAAGUGUCCUCCAAGUUGUUGUCUCGCGGGCUGACAUGUAUAAUGGAAAACAACAGCAGUAAAGAGGAUGCUCGUGUGGAGCUUGACUCGGUGGAGGCAGAGCUGGAGUUGUUGGAACUUCAGAUCUCUGAGCUCCUGGAGAAACAAGCUGCACUGAACUCCAGAAGAGCCCAGCUACUGAAGACUCUUGAGGAGGCCUGUGAGUCGGCCCAGUCAACCUCCUCUUCUUCUUCUAGUAAAACCUCCAAAUCUGCACUCAGCAAACAGGAACUUCAGUAUUAUGAAGACUCAGAGUUCCUGUGGUCGAAGGAAGUGCAGGAGAAACUGGGGAAGGUGUUUAAGCUGACGAAAUUCCGGCCCCUGCAGCUGCUGGCUAUUAACCUGUCUAUGGCAGGGAGAGACCUGUUCCUGGUCAUGCCCACCGGCCGAGGGAAGAGUCUGUGCUACCAGCUGCCGGCUAUCUGCUCUCAAGGGUUUACACUGGUCAUUGCUCCACUGGUAUCUCUCAUGGAGGACCAGUUGAUGUGUCUGGAAUCCAUCGGAGUCCCUGCAGUCACACUCAAUGCAUCCAGCACUAAGGAACAUUCCAGAUUGGUCAUGACAGGUAUGAUUGAUAAGAACAGCCCCUUUAAGCUGCUCUACGUGACCCCGGAGAAGAUUGCAAAGAGCAAACUGCUGAUGUCCAAACUGGAGAAGGCCUAUAACAUGGGCCUGCUGGCACGCAUAGCUGUAGACGAGGUACACUGCUGCAGCCAGUGGGGUCAUGACUUCAGACCUGACUACAAGCUCCUUGGCAUCUUGAAGCGACAGUUUCCCAGGGUGCCUUUGAUUGGACUCACUGCCACAGCAACCAGCCAAGUUUUGAAAGACUGCCAGAAGAUUCUGUGUAUCAAAGAGCCAGUCACACUGACUGCCCCUUUUAACCGACCCAACCUUUACUACGAGGUGCGGUGUAAAGAUGCAAACAGCGAGGACUCGGUUGGUGAAAUUGCUUCAUUGAUCAAGGGAAGAUACAAAGACCAGUCAGGAAUCGUGUACGUGUUCUCCCAGAAGGAUGCUGAGGUGGUUGCAAUGGACCUUCAGAAGAGAGGUAUUUGUGCCCAGCCAUACCAUGCCAAUAUGGGGGCCUCAGACAAGACCCUGGUCCAUCAGCGAUGGUCCUCCAAAAAGAUCCAGGUGGUGGUUGCAACUGUGGCAUUUGGAAUGGGCAUUGACAAAGCAGAUGUGCGUUUUGUCAUCCACCACUCCAUCAGCAAGUCCAUAGAGAACUACUAUCAGGAGAGUGGCCGUGCAGGCAGAGAUGACGCUCCGGCCGACUGUAUUGUGUUCUACGGCUUUGCAGACAUCUUCAGAAUCAGCACCAUGGUGGUAAUGGAGAAUACAGGUCAACAGAAACUCUAUAACAUGGUGACCUACUGUCAGAAUGUGGACAGGUGUCGGCGGUCACUGAUGGCGGUUCAUUUCGAUGAAGUCUGGGAUGAUGACGAGUGCAACCAGAUGUGUGAUGUGUGUCGCCAUGGCAGUGACUACAUUACAGUGGACAUCACGCAGCAUGCCCGGGACGUAGUGCAGAUCGUGGAGAUAGCCAGCUCUCUGGAUGAGAAGAUGACUCCACUGAAGGUGUGUGAGACGUGGCUGGGGAAGGGCCCAGCAAAACGCCGCAAGAUGAUCCAGGUGACCAGUCUGUCCCGCUCGGAGGUGGAGGCCAUCAUUGUCCAUCUACUACUGCAGGGCUACCUGAGUGAGGACUUCAGCUUUACCCCCUACACCACCUACUUCUACCUGAAACUGGGGCGCAAAGCCGCUCUUCUGCAGAACUCCAGUCACUCAGUGACCAUGAAGAUGAAACGGAUACUGCCUUCCUGCGGCCCAGUAGGCGUGUCACAGGGCAGAGGAGAUAGCACUAGAAUGCAGGCAAAGUCCAAAGAUGGAAAAAGAGCCGUUGACAGUGCUGGGAAAAGCCCUGCAGCCAAGAAACAAAGCACGUCUGCUGUAGAACCUGCUGCAUGUGAGAACAAUGCAGCCAACACAAAUGCUCCACUGCAGGGACACAACAAAGUACUUAAAUUGAACAAAGACCAACAAAACCAGGAGAGAAAACAGGAACAGGACCAAACUGAGAACCAGUCCACGCACACACACUUAAUUCCCACACAACCUUCAGUACUGGAGGUAGAUGUGAAGGUCAACAUCAUGGAGGGAAACUGUAUCAGUGAUGGCCCUGCUAUGCCCAUUAGUGCCAGACCUUUCCAAAUCCCACCCAAACGUCAAUCAACCAAAUCACCCAAAAGGCGGAAAAAGCAGUCAGCAGCUCAGGCCUCUGACGGCGCAGCCACUGCAGGUCAGCAGCGUCCAGCUUUGGUCAGUUCUCCCUCUGUCGCCUCCAUUAUUUCUGAUGCAGCUAUGGAAGAGCUCAGCCACCUCCACAGCUACUACAGCAAACAGCUGAGACGAAUUAACUACGUUUCCCAUGAGCACUUGCAGGAGCAGCACAGUGGAGUGUUGACAUGCAUCCGAGAGCCCUUCAGGAGUCUGCGGCUCCCCUUGGGUAACACAAUAGCCAGAGGGGCUCGAAACUUGUGGACUCGGGUCAGUGUCAGGAGAAAACGUCUUUAG